ACGUAAUCGUGAAGCGAGGGUUUGGGUAACAGGAACAGUAUGUCUGCAGAACCCAUAAAUUCUCGAGUUUAUGUCGGUGGUCUCGGUGAACAGGCCACAGUGCAGGAUGUGGAGAAUCUGCUGAAAGAUUAUAAACCGUACCGGGAUGUGACGCUGCUUCGUGGUUUUGCUUUCGUACAGUUCCACAAUGAACUGGCCGCCCAGAAUGCCAUCAAGAGCUUGAACGGGAAAGUGUUUGCCGGCCGGAAGUUGGCGGUGAAGGUAGCGAACGAUAAUCGCGCCAAGAAGGGUCUAUUGCCUCGUGGGGGACAUGCAAUGCCGGGGACGGUAGUCAUUCGCGAUGGUCUGCCAAUAGACGCUUCCGAAGACAGCUUUGGACGUCCACCGUUCGGGGAACAAUCAUACGGCGUGCCGGAUCGAAGCACCAUUUACGUGGAGCCAGCGGGACCGGCUAGACUCGUGCCGCGGGCUGCCGAGAGCAACGACUGUGAAAUAAUUGUGGUCAACAAGGAGCUUACUGCUUAUGCCGAAAAUAUUGAAGCAUGCCUCAAACGAGCCGGCAUGACGGUGGAUUUGUUGUUUCCCAACAACGACGUUCCGAUAGGGAAAGUGCUCACCAAUAUAGCUUCCCGUGGAAGUUUUUACGCCAUUCUUAUUACACCUGAAAAUCAGGAACGAAACAGCAUUACCGUCAAUGUGCUCUACGGUAUUCCGGCGGAGCACCGUAACAUGCCGAAGGAGGAUGCCGUAAUGUUUAUCAUAAACCAUUUCACUUCGAAGAAGAGACAAGAGCGAGAACAGUACGCUCCGAUAGCGCCGUUUGGUAGUGUUCCGCUAGCCGCACCGCCAGCACCGUUCCCGCUGGCAAUGCCGAUUGCAGCACCGGCGCAGGAAAAACACCCGGAGCCGAUACAGAAUAUGAUCAACAUUUUGGCCGCGAACCGGGCGUUGACCGUGCUGCAGUAUGAAAAACUUAUCAAGUAUCUGAGCGAACGAAAGGAAGCACAAAUUCGGGUGGAACUAGGCGAAGAACCGGAUGUCCCGACCGGAAGCGCCCACCUGGGUCCGUCGAAUGCUGUCGCAGCGACUCCGAAAAGCAAAAUGGAUUCGGAAAAAGAGCUGGAAAGGAAAAUACUGGACAUUCUGAACAAACCGUCCAUACUCGGUGUUCCCAAAGCAACUGCUUCUCACGAGCACAUGAUCUCGCAGGACCCCAAACGUCCUAGUGGCGCCCCGCUUCCCACAUCCCAUCUUCUGUAUGAUCCAAAAGUACAACGCGCUCUUGAUUCUUUGCUGCAAGGCCACCAGUUUUUAAUAAAAAUGUAAAUUCCAUUA